AUGACCAAGGGAACCAGCUCCUUCGGCAAGCGCCACAACAAAUCGCACACUCUGUGCCGUCGCUGCGGACGAAGGUCGCUUCACAUCCAGAAGCACACCUGCUCAUCAUGCGGUUACCCAGCUGCUAAGACAAGAAAGUACAACUGGUCCGAGAAGGCUAAGCGAAGAAAGACCACCGGUACCGGCAGAAUGAGAUACCUCAAGACCGUCAGCAGACGGUUCAAGAACGGUUUCCAGACUGGUACUCCACAUAACGCCCGCGGACCAACCAAGACCGGUGCUCCAGAGGCUGCUAAGGCGGAGUAA